AAUCCCUUUUCCUCAAGUCACGCCUCCCUCUCUCCUUCCCGGUUUACAUCGCCUUACUUCUUCCCUCCUCUCGUUAACCUUAGCUUCGCUUCACUCGUUACUCUCGUGCGGAAGCAGAGGUCAAACCACGACCAUCGCCCGUUUAUCUUUUUUUCUUUUUUCGCGAAUUGGAACUUUCGGCUCUUCCGGCGUAUCUCUCCGGAGACCCUACCACCAACAACCGACCGCGAACCGUUUCGAAACAUCAGCGACUUCAUCCAUUGAGAAAGAGCAGACUUGGUGAAAAUGUUUGUCAAGCAUCUUCUUCCUGCCUUCGUGGCAAUCGGCUCAGUAGCAGCCCAAUCUUCCUGCUCUUCCAAGACGACCACGAUCAAUAGCCAGGACGAUGUCAGCAAGAUUUCUGGCUGCAGGAAGGUGGAGGGAUCCGUCGUGCUGGGUUCGGAGAGUGGCGCUACCAUCGAUCUCACGGGCCCUCGGGAGAUCACUGGCGACCUCAUUGUCCGGAACAAUGGCCAGAUCCAGAACCUGCAGAGCUCGAGCUUGGAGUCCAUCGGCGGCAAGUUCGAGAUCAACAACGCGACCAGCCUCAACGUGAUUUCGUUCGAAAAACUCACCUCGGCCACCACCGUCGAGUGGGUGUCCGUCACCCGCCUCGACACGCUCACCCUCGGGCCUUUGACCAAGGCUAAGAGCGUCCGGUUGAGCGACACCUUCCUCAACACCCUGGACGGCUUCGCUCUCAGCACCGUCACCGACCUGAAGCUUGACAACAACCGCCGCCUGUCCAAGUACACGUCUGAGCUGACCAGCCUGGACGGGCAGCUGGUUAUCCAGGCCAACGGCUUGAGUCUGGAAGUGGACCUGCCCAAGCUUGUCUGGAUCACGGAGAUGGCCAUUGCCAACGUGACCAAGUUCUCUAUCCCGCAGCUCCAGGUCGUCAACGGCUCGGCCCGCUUUGACUCCAACUUUUUCGAGACCUUCAGUGCCCCCAACCUCACGCACACUGAGGAUGGCGACAUCUCGUUUGUCGGCAACGGUUUCCUCAAGAACAUGUCAUUCCCCAAGUUCACUGAUCUGAACGGUGGUCUUCUCAUUGCCAACAACACCGGCUUGGACCGCGUCACCUUCUUCCCCAAGCUCGAGAAGGUUACCGGUGCGAUUAAGCUGCGUGGCAACUUCACUGAGAUCUCGUUCCCCUCGCUUGAUAACGUCAAGGGCGCCGUUGAUAUUUCCAGCACCGCAGACAUUAGGAAGUCGUGCGAGAAGCUCUCGGAGUUUGCUCCUCGCAGCCAGGGCGGCGACGGCAAGAUCGAGGGUGUCUUUACCUGCACGGCUAACAACGACAAGGCGAACGAGGAUACGGACCAGUCGACUUCUGGCUCUGGCCAGGUCGAUGGCUCUGAUGAGAACGACGAGAACAGCGCUUCUGGUGUUGUCCUGAAUGCCGCUCUGUUUGGCCUUGUUGCCGUUGCCGCUGUUGCCUCGGCUCUCUAAAGCAUGGUUACCUCGUCAACCUGGGAUCCUGGAGUUCAGUUUGGUCGGGCAAAUGCGAGUUCUCUGUGCUGCGAACACGGUCGGAUCAAUCAACACCACGGCGCACCCCUGUCUUUCCUUUAUACGGACUCUUCGAGUUUUCUGCUUUUGCGCCCCUCCGCAUACCCGCCACGCGUUUUACGUGUGCUACAUACUGUCACCGCUAGACUUAAUAUCUCGAUAGAGACGCUGGAUUUGUUGAUUUGAUUUUCUUUCUGCCAGACUCCGUGUAACACAGGCCUCAUUUCCCCGCCAGGAGGGUAACUUGCGUCAGUGUUUGACGGCAUUUUGGCGUAGGUGCGCUAAGUUCCUCCAGAAUGAUUCCUGACGCCAGAUCCACGGUUUUGGGUGGACGACAAGGUUUGACCAGGUGGGAAUGAGCCACUCACAGAGGGAGAAGGUGCCCUAGGGUGUGGGGAGGUCCGGGGGAGUCUUGUAGUCUAGUCAGUCGGUCAACAAAGGGUAAUAGUCGGCGUCUUUUUUUUGUUUUGUAUCAAGUUUAAUUCUUGUAUGGACUGGGGUAUUGUUAAACUUGGUGCUUGCCCCUAGCUGUGUGUAUCAAGUGUUCGCAAUGCGAUGCUUCUUGCCGACUUGGGCUCAGUUGCCCAGGACAUGAUCACGCUCUCGGCCCUUGCAUUCACAGCUUCCACCGCACAGAUGACCACAUCUAGCGAACUAGCACAGGACCGGUGUAGUGGAACAUUCUGAGGUUCAGAUAACCCAAGGAUAUUAUGUAGCUCAUCCGAUGGUCUCCGAGUAGCUCGGCGGCGGAAAACGGAACGUGUAUCCUAUCCGUCGUAUACUCCCUCCUCGAACUUGUCCUCGUCAUAGAACCGCGGGACGAUCGAGUUCCCGUUGAAUAUCCUGCCUUCGAGCGCAUUGACGGCCCUUAGAGCCGAAACGGCCUCGACAAACUUGAUAAAGACGCGGGCCCUCUCGACGUCCACCACGAUCCUCUCGACCCGCCCGUACCGCUCCCCGCACUCCUCGCCAAUCUCCUGGCCCAGCCCGGCCUCGACCUCGGCCUCGAGGUCGGGCAUGUUGUCGAGCAUGCGGUCGAGCACGACGACGACGGAGGUCUUGCCGAACUUGCCCACGCCGCCAUCCCCUCCCGCCGCCGCUUGCUGGGCCCCGGGCUGCCGCGUCGUCGCCGCCGCCGUCUUGGGCGCGAUGAUCCGCCCCAUCCCGGCCGGGGUGGCGAAGCCGCCGCCCUCGGCGUCGG